UGGCAUGCUUUGAGAAGAACAUGUGAGGUUAAGUUCAUGGAAGUUAACAGAUUGCAAUUAUUGAGCUACAUAACAGUCAUCAGCUUUGUGAAUAUUCCCACUGAAUCAUGGCGUCGAUAGAGGAAGAUUUCCCUCGUGGUGGCUCAGACAGCAAAGCCUCCAAACCUAAAGCUGUCAAACCAUGUGUGGAGGUUGACAAUCUUUUUGAGACUCGAGAACCAGGGACAAAAAAGAAAAGAAAGGCCGAUAAUAAACAGGAAGAUAAGGAGAAGGGCAAAGCAUGGAAAACUGAAGCCGACGGUCUGAAGCUCAAUGCUGCUACCAGUGUGGAUAUCCUACAUUUGAAGAAUCUGAAGGUGGGUACUGUCAUGCUUGGCUCUGUGAAGGAGAUCUCGGACUUCGAAGUUGUACUGGGUCUGCCUAACGGCCUCAAAGGAUACCUGCCCAUCUCUGGCAUCUGCGACGCCUACAACAAGAUCCUCAGUGAGAAAGUGGACACUGGUGAUGAUCUUGAGGACGUAGUCUCCCCCUCACACCUCCUUGCCCCAGGCCUGCUGGUCAGAUGCAUAGUGUCGUCCUUGGAACCAUCCAAAGAGGGCUUCAUCAGUCUCAAAGUCUCUGUCAAUCCUAAAGAGGUCAACAAGGAACUCAGCUCCAGCUUUCUAAAAGCAGGCAUGACUCUUGGCGGUUGUGUGGAGAGUGUUGAGGAUCACGGUUUCCUUAUUGAUAUUGGAGUCAAAGGAACCAAAGCUUUUCUUCCCAAAGAGACAAAGACUGGAGCCAAGUCCUUUAAACAAGAUCUGAAGGUGGGUCAGUAUGUGACUGCACUGCUGGAGGAGGUGCAGAGCAGUGGCCGGGUGGCGCGUCUCUCCUUGGACCCCUCGGCCAUCGCGCAGGCCUGUGCCGAGAUCCAGCACGGCUGGACCCUGGGCAGCCUCCUCCCUGGACUUCUGGUCCAAGCUCACAUAAAGAAAGUGACUGCUCAUGGACUGAUUGUGACGUUCCUCUCGUCUUACACUGGCACGGUGGACUUCAUGCACAUUGAUCCAGACAAACUGUCCACCUAUGCCGUUGGUAACAAGGUGAACGCUCGCAUUCUCUACGUAGAGCCCUCCUCUCGCUUGGUGGGCUUGUCUCUGCGCAGCCACCUCUUACCACCAAGCAGCGACGUGUUGAACAGGCUGAGCACUCGCACAGGGGAGGUGCUGCACGGCUGUAGGAUGACCUCUGUGCACCACCACUCGGGAGCCUUGAUGGAGCUGCCCGACGGGGCCGUUGCCUUUGUCCAUAAAAACCAAAUGAAGGAGCCCAAAGAGGAGUUUAACAUGAACAGACAGUUGGCCCAGCCCGAGCACACUCUGAGGAUCAUGGACUACAGCCCGCUGGAGCAGAUGCACCUGGCAACACUGCGAAAGAGCAUCAUCAAUGCGACCUUCUUCAGCUACUCCGACAUCAGAGUGGGCCAGCUCAUCGAGGGCACAGUACAGGGCCUGGAGAGGUACGGGAUGCACGUGAAGAUCUCGGACCACAUCAAGGGCCUGGUUCCCAGAAUCCACCUGGCCGACGUGGUCCUCAGCAACCCUGAAAAGAAAUUCAAGGAGGGCAUGAGGUUGAUGUUCAGGGUUUUAUCGGUGGAUCUACUAAACAAGAAGCUGGUCCUGACCAGGAAGAAAGCCCUGGUUGAGUCGCAGCUGCCGGUCCUCACCACGUAUGCGGACGCCCGGCCUGGCCUUGUCUUCCUUGGUUUCAUCGUAUGCAUCAAGGACUUCGGCUGCAUUGUGCGCUUUUAUGGCGGCAUCAAGGGCCUGGUGCCUAUGGAAGAGCUGACCACGGAGCCCACCAUCAACGCGCAGGGUCUGUUCUACAUCGGGCAGGUGGUAAAAGCCAAAGUGCUGAGGUGUGACGCUGAAGGUGAGAAACUGCUUCUUUCCUUCAAAGCGGUGACGCAGGGAGACGUACAGCAGGUCAACACAGCAAAGUUCGCCUUUGAAGUCGGAAAGAAAGUAGAAGCGGUGGUGCUCAGGAAAGACCGGACUGGCCUUGAGGUGUCUAUUCUUCCAGAGGAGGUCCCUGCUCUCAUUCCCACAGAGCAUCUCUCUGACCAUGUGACCAAUUGCCCUUUACUGUGGGCAGCGCUACAGGAGGGUGACACCAUCUCUGAUGCUGUGUGCCUGCGUAAGAACAAGCAAAGCAUCACUCUGAGCAAGAAGCCGCUGUUGAUGGCAGCGCUGGAGCCGGGUGCCAUGGUUACGGCCUUCUCAGAGCUGAGAGUGGGCGUGAUCAUGCUGGGCUGGGUGAAGAGCAUCAUGCACUUCGGAGUCUUUGUCGACUUCCCCCAUGGCCUCUGUGGCCUAGCCCCCAAAGCAGCCAUGAGUGAUAAAUUCAUCACGGACACAGCGGGGGUGUUCCAGGUGGGCCAGACUGUCCUGGCCAAGGUGACCAACCUGGAUGAGGAGAAGCACAGGUUCCUGGUCAGCCUGAAGGUGUCGGACGUGAGCUCAGCAGAGGGAGAUGCCCAAGCCAGGCUGAUCCAGGGUCAGCGUGAGAGAAGGGCCAUCCUCGACAUGAUGACUUCCAGAGGUGAUACUGACUUGCUGCAACAGCUAUCGUCUAUAUCUUUAGGGGACAAACUAAAGAUGACAGUCGGAGAGACCAAGGAGGAUGGCUCUGUCAGUCUGAUCUCAGACCAGCUCUGCAGCGUCACUGUGUUGGCCUCCAAGUACCACACAACAGAUGUGAACACCACCCCAGGCCACCAGGUCAGUGCUGCGGUGCUCCAUGUUGACCCUGUGACCUCUCAGGUCCAUGUGUCCCUCCUACCGAAGCUAACAGGGAAGAAGAAAAAGUUGGACAAAUGCUCCAGGCACACCGCGACAGUUGAAUACGCAGAUGAAGACUUUGCUGUCAUCUCAGUGGGCAACACCGGUCACCUGACCGUGGUCUCCACGACUACUCACCUAAACGAAACCUUCCGCUUCGAGUCGGAGAAGCUGUCGGUGGACCGGAAUCUGACCGUGACGGUCACAGAGCCAAGCUGUGAGGACCUGGGGGGGCAGUGCCUCGUAACCUGGCAACUCAGAGGGACCCGGCACGAAAGAGGAACCUCUGAGAGCAAAGGCCAAAAGCACUGCUAUGACGUCGGACUCGUCGCGGCCGAGGUCAAAGCAAUCAAGCCCCUGCACGUGCUGGUCACCCUGCCAGACGGAGAUUUGGGGAGCGUGCACGUGUCCCAAAUCCACGAGUCGCCGAGAGUGGGCAGCUUCCCGACGUCGUCCCUGAAGAUAGGCUCCAAAGUGAAGGCACGGUUCAUCGGAAGUCAUGAGGUCCGUGGCUACAAUUACCUACCCUUCUCUCACCAAAAAUGUUUCACGCUGCCUGAGCUCACUCUUCUGCCCAGUAAGCUGAUGGAGGACGUGAAUGUCCAGUCUCAGGAGAAUGAACGCAAAUACACACCUGGAGAGGAGAUCAAAUGCUUUAUAUCCAAAUACAUUCCAGAGAAGAAAUAUCUGGAGCUCGCUGUGUCUCUAAACAUAUACGGAACAGUGGAGCUCCUGGCCAUGACCACCAAACUUCGAGAGGCCAAUCACCCGCACAAGCUCUUCAAGUGUGGUCAGUGUGUGACUGCGAAGGUCGUUGGGGUCAGCAGCAAGAACGCUCAACAGCUCAACCUUUCCCUCAUAGGGACACACAAGCUCAAGCAGGGAACCGUUACCAUGGGAAUGGUUCAGGAAAUCAACCCCCAGAAAGGCCUGGUGCUGAAACUGCCUUUUGGGAAGUCAGGCUUGGCUUCUCUGACAGACCUGUCAGACACGUACACGGACAACCCACUGGAACAGUACAAAGAAGGCCAGCUGUUCAGGUGCUGCGUCGUCAAAACAAACAAGACUCUGACACUGUCUCUGCGCCCAUCCAGGAUCCAUAGUGAGAAGGCCUUGCCAGCUGUAGACGUAGACAUUGGUUCCAUGUCUGAGCUCUCAGAGGGACAGGUUGUCCGAGGUUAUGUCAAGAACAUCGGAGAAAUGGGAAUAUUUGUGAGGUUAUCAAGAUCAGUCAUAGGAAGAGUCCUGAUCCAGAACGCCACUAACUACUUCGUGACCAACCACGAGAUAUUCACUGAGCACCUUCCCCCGAAUACCCUGGUGACGGCCAAAGUUAUACAUGUUGACGCAGAGAGCAACCGUCUGGACCUCUCCCUACUCCCAGACGACACCGGGAAAGCCGACGUUCUCCCAGAAUCCCUCGGGCUCCCGCUGCGUCUGAAGGGAAAAGAUAAAGAGAAGUAUGACAGAAAGAACCCCAAGAGGAAGCGCAGUGUCUCCGAAAGCAAGCAGGAUGAAGUCGGGAAGAAGAAGAAGAAGAAGAAGCAAAAGAAAGACCAGAAGGACAGAGAAGAGAAGGAGGAGGCAAAGACUCCUCAAGCCGAGGACCUGGACAGCGGAGUCGACGUGUAUUUCAGAGAGGAGGAGACCGACAAAGCCAGGAAAAGGGGCAGGAGUAAAUCUGCAGCUGCACAGGAGCGUGGCAGGCUGCAGGUACCGUCUGCUUUCUGCUGGGAUGCAGCGCUGAACUCUCUCCAACCUGCCAGUGCUGCAGACAUCACAUACGAAUCCAGCAGCGAGGAGGAGGGUGACCAGAGCAAGCCGGCCAAGAAGUCUCGACGGGAACUGGAGCAAGAGCGUCAGGAGGCAGAGCGGAAGCUGAGCAGACUGGAGUCUGAGCUGCAGGACCCGAGCGCACGGCCGGAGAACUCGUCACAGUUCGAAAGGCUGCUGCUCUCGUCGCCGGACAGCUCCCUGCUCUGGUUGCAGUACAUGGCCUUUCACCUUCAGGCGACACAGGUGGAACAGGCCCGCGCUGUCGCCGAGAGAGCACUCCGCACCAUCUCCUUCAGGGAGGAGCAGGAGAAGCUGAACGUGUGGGUGGCCCUGCUGAACCUGGAGAACAUGUAUGGCACAGAGGAGAGUCUGCAGAGGGUAUUCGAGCGUGCCGUCCAGUACUGUGAGCCCAUGCCUGUCUACCAGCAGCUGGCUGACAUCUAUGCCAAGUCCGGCAAGGUCAAGGAAGCAGAGAGCUUGUAUAAGAACAUGGUAAAGCGCUUCAAGCAGGAGAAGGCCGUGUGGCAAAGUUACGGGUCUUUCCUGCUGCGUCAGGGACAGACUGAUGCUGCCAACGCGCUGCUGCAGAGGGCACUCCAGAGCCUGUCCAACAAAGAGCACGUGGACUUGAUCUCCAAAUUUGCUCGUCUGGAGUUCCAGUAUGGAAACUCUGAGCGAGCCAAGGCUAUGUUCGAGAAGGUCCUCAGCAGCUAUCCCAAGCGGACAGACCUGUGGUCUAUAUUCAUAGAUCUCACGAUGAAGCACAGCUCACAGAAGGACGUCAGGGACCUAUUUGACCGGGUGAUUCACCUCAGCGUGUCAGUGAAGAAGGUCAAGUUCUUCUUCAAGCGCUACCUGGACUAUGAGAAGAAACAUGGCACCUCCGAGAGCAUUCAGGCAGUCAAGCAGAAGGCUCUGGAGUAUGUGGAUUCUAAAGGAUCUGAGGCCACAAACUAGAACUGGUGGUCAUUUUAGAUCUCAAUGUGAAUCAGUAACCACAGACUACGGAAGGGGACCAAUCCCAUGGAUUUGGAAAGACAAAAUGUAUUCUCAAUUUGCCAUCUCCCUUUCUUGGUAGAAUUGCAUCCAUUUUGCUUGCCUGGAUCCAUUUUGCUGGGUUCUUUUUUUGGACUCUGAUGGACAAAUUGAAUAUUAACAUCAGUCUACUCAACUGUAUUUUUAACUCUUGGAACAAUAAAAUAGUUUUAAAAGGA